UUCGGACUGUGAUUGUGUUUUGGGAUUUACAAAUAUGAGUGGAAUUUAUGAGGUAAAGAUGGACGGCAUGUUUGUUACUGUAGAGUGUGUUCUAUCGGACGGAUACGCUUACACGGUGAUACUUAGUCGACAUGAUGGUAAGGUAGACUUUAACAGAAGUUAUGGUGAAUAUGAAAAUGGCUUUGGAUCACCGAGCACUGAAAUAUGGCUAGGAAACAAGUACUUUUUCUUCCUCACAUAUUAUCGAUGGUCGAUUUUGAGAAUUGAAUUAGUAUACUCCAAUUAUAGUGUAGAUGUUGAGUAUGAACAUGUAUCGUUGGGCCAUCUCCGCUAUAAUUAUCGACUUCACAUUCAUGGUUUUUCGGGAAAUACAAGUGACAUGAUGUCAUAUUUAGAUGGACGCCGCUUUGGAGCCAAUGACUACGAUCCUGGACAAUGUGGCUGUCCAAUUUUGGCGUCUUGUGGAUGGUGGUGUGAUCACUCUUGUAAUACCAUGUGUAGUUUGACGUCACCAUAUAAUGGCAGUCCUUAUUAUUUUGGAUGGGACUGUGCUUCUGAAUUCGAAGCUAAUGCACGUUUACUGAGUGCAAAGAUGAUGAUCAGAUUUAUCUAGUUAAAUUUUGUGAUAUGUGUAAAUCUUUCUGAAUUUUACUCAACGUUUUAUAGUUCCUUGCAUUUAGGUACGUCUUGAGAAACUUUAGUUGUUCUUG